CCUUCCAAAUCAUAAAACCGCAACGCCAUGGGAGACCAAUUUACAAUCAACCAAACACUUCCUUAUUGUUCAUACAAUGCCGUUCUGACAGAAAAAAAUAAUAAAAAUAAACUUCCUUAUUGAGGGUAUCGUAUCUGCCGUAUCUGUGACUGUCAUACCAAAAUGGAAGCUUUGCUCUGCCAAAAAAUCGGCGACCCGACGCUGCCUUUGGACGACUCCCCCUCCUCUCCUUUUACUCUUACAGCCACUCACCCCAUUCCGGAACUCAACUCGCCCACCUCUGUCCGAGUCCGAGUCAGAGCCACCAGCUUGAACUACGCCAAUUAUCUCCAGAUCCUCGGCAAGUACCAGGAGAAGCCGCCUUUACCCUUCAUCCCCGGCUCCGACUACUCUGGCGUCGUCGAUUCUGUUGGUUCCGGAGUCACUAAAUUCAAAGCUGGCGAUGCUGUUUGCUCCUUGGCCUCCCUUGGCUCCUUUGCACAGUUCAUCGUCGCCGAUGAAGCCCAAUUGUUUAGAGUGCCGGAAGGGUGUGAUCUAGUGGCUGCGGGUGCACUUCCUGUGGCGUAUGGGACUUCGCAUUUGGCCCUGCUUCACAGAGCUCAAUUGCAGCCUAAUCAGGUGUUGUUGGUACUUGGUGCUGCUGGAGGAGUGGGCCUUGCGGCCGUGCAAAUUGGAAAGGCUUGCGGCGCUAUUGUUAUUGCCGUUGCUAGGGGAGAUGACAAGGUUCAGCUUUUGAAGACCCUAGGUGUUGAUCAUGUUGUUGACUUGAGUAAAGGAAAUGUCACAGAAAGCGUCAAGGGAUUCCUACAGGCAAGAAAGCUAAAAGGAGCUGAUGUUUUGUAUGAUCCUGUUGGUGGUAAAGUUACAAAGGAAGCUAUGAAGUUGUUGAAUUGGGGAGCUCACAUUCUGGUAAUAGGUUUUGCAAGUGGGGAUGUGCCUGUUAUCCCAGCAAAUAUUGCUCUCGUUAAGAACUGGACGGUUCAUGGUCUCUACUGGGGAAGCUAUAUGAUACAUCGACCAGUUGUACUUCAAAAUUCCCUAAAGGAGCUGCUAUCCUGGUUGGCAAGUGGCUUAAUUACCAUUAACAUCUCUCAUGCUUUCAGCCUGUCAGAAGCAAAUCUUGCCUUUUCUGCCCUGAAAGAUCGGAAGGCAAUUGGAAAGGUGAUGAUUGUUUUUGAUGAUCAGAAGACAUUCAGAUCUAAAUUAUAAGAGCCAGUUUCCAGAUAGAAGUUGAAUGGAGCAUCCUGUGAAUAUCCAGGCCCAGGAUUCUGUAUCAAUUUCUUGAAUUAGUAGCUAAAGCAGUUACUCCAGGAACGAGUUUGGAACUCGUAUACAAAUAAGGAUAUUGUUAUCACUCAACAGAUUUUGUGUUAUAAACUAGAAUACAACAUGAAUGGAGCCUUUUUUCUUUUC